AUGGCCAUUCAGAAAGUCGCAGUCGUUGGAGGCUCCGGUCUCAUUGGAUCAAAAAUCGUAGACAGCCUCCUCAAAGCUGGCUUUGAAGUCACAGCUAUCACCAGAAAUGAGUCCUCUGCAAUCUUUCCCGAUAAAGUGAUCGUGAAGCGUGUCGAUAUCACUUCAGUCGACUCCGUCAAGGAAGCCCUGGCCGGCCAGGAUGCCGUAGUAUCAGCCACCGCAACAGCUGCUGCUGGAAGCCAGAAGGUCAUCAUCGACGCAGCUAUCGCAGCAAAGGUCCCAAGAUUCAUUCCCUCCGAGUUUGGCAUUCCGUCUCGUCAGAACCGAGAUACCAAGAUUGGAAAGAUUCUCGGUGCGAAAAUUCAAAACACUGACUACUUGAUUGAGCUUGCCGAGAAGCAUCAUUGGUUCUCUUGGACUGGCCUUUCUAACGGAUUGUUCCUUGAUUCGGGCCUCAAAAGUGAUAGGGGAUUCAUCAACAUCAGGGAUCGCAAGAUUCGCAUCACCGACUCAGGCAAUGAGCCCUAUUCCACAACAUCACUCGCCUUCGUCGGCGAAGCUGUCGUUGCUAUCCUGAAAAAGCCAGAAGAGACCAAGAACAAGUACCUCAACAUCGCUGGUGUUACGACAACUCAGAAUGAAGUCCUGAAGAUCGUCGAGAAGCUCACUGGUGACAAGUUUGAGGUUUCUCAUGUCACUGGCGCUGAGCAGGAGAAGAUUGGAGACGAGAAGAUUGCCAAAGGAGACUUUAGUGCCUUUGGCAAUUAUCUCGAGAAGUUCUUGUUUGCCGAUGGUGCUGGCCACGCGCUGAAGGGUGAUGAGAAUGCGAUUGGGUUACUUGGGCUGAAGGAGGAGAAUCUCGAGGAGGUCAUCAAGAGUGUCGUAGCUGAGAUCAAGUAG